AUGAUGAAUUCAAUCCUUGGUGAUUUCCUCGACAAGUUUGCCCUGGUUUACCUUGACGACAUCCUUAUCUUCAGCCGUACCAAAGAAGACCAUCUCAAGCAUGUUCGAAUGGUGUUGGAUCGUUUGCGAGCCCAUAAGCUAUACGCCAAUAUCCGGAGAAGUGCGAGUUCAACAAGACUGAAUUGGAGUUUGUCGGCUUCCAAGUGA